CAAUAUGCCAUCUUUGCUGUUGCUGGAAGCUAUCUGCAUCUUCCUGUUUUCCAGAGCAUCCCCAUGCCUCUCGCUUCAGGAAGUCCAUGUGAGCAGGGAGACCAUUGGGAAGAUUGCUGUUGCCAGUAAAAUGAUGUGGUGCUCAGCGGCGCUGGACGUCCUGUUUCUGUUAGAUGGCUCUCUCAGCAUUGGGAAAGGGAGCUUUGAGCGGGCCAAGCACUUUGCCAUCACAGUUUGUGACACACUGGACAUCAGCCCUAAGCGGGUCAGAGUGGGGGCAUUCCAGUUUGGUUCCACUCCUCAUCUGGAAUUCCCCUUGGAUUCAUUUUCAACCCGAAAGGAAGUGAAGGCAAGACUCAAGAGUAUGGUUUUCAAAGGAGGACGCACAGAGACGGGCCUCGCUCUGAAACACCUUCUGCACGGGGGGUUUCCUGGGGGCAGGAAUGGCUCCGUGCCCCAACUCCUUAUCAUUGUCACUGACGGGAAGUCCCAGGGGCAUGUGGCACUGCCAGCCAAGCAGCUGAAGGAAAAGGGAGUUACUGUGUUUGCUGUGGGGGUCCGGUUUCCCAGGUGGGAGGAGCUGCACGUGCUGGCCACUGAGCCCAAGGAGCAGCACGUGCUGUUGGCUGAGCAGGUGGAGGAUGCCACCAAUGGCCUCCUCAGCACCCUCAGCAGCUCUGCCCUCUGCACUCCAGCUGCGCCAGACUGCAGGGUUGAGGCUCACCCGUGUGAACGCAAGACACUGGAGACCAUCCGGGAACUCACGGGCGAUGCCCUGUGCUGGAGGGGAUUGCAGCGUGCAGACGCAGUGCUGGCCUUGCGCUGCCCCUACUACAGCUGGAAGAAAGUGUUGGUCAGCCACCCCACCAGCUGUUAUAGGACCACCUGCCCAGGCCCUUGUGACUCGCAGCCCUGUCAGAACGGAGGCACGUGCAUUCCAGAAGAAAUGGGCCGGUACCGCUGUCUCUGCCCACUGGCCUUCGGAGGGGAGGCCAACUGCGCCCCCAAACUGAGCCUGGACUGCAGGAUCGAUGUCCUCUUCCUGCUGGACAGCUCUGCGGACACCACCCUGGAGGGCUUCCUGCGGGCCAAGGCCUUUGUGAAGCGGUUCGUGCAGGCUGUGCUGAGCGAGGACUCGAGAGCCCGUGUGGGCGUGGCUGUGUACAACAGGGAGCUGGAGGUGGUCGUGCCGGUGGGCGAGUACCCGGAUGUGCCAGACUUGGUCAAGAGCCUUGACCGCAUUCCAUUCACGAGUGGCCCCACCCUGACGGGCAAGGCCUUGCGGCAGGCAGCAGAGCGUGGCUUUGGGAUCGCCACCAGGACAGGACAGAACCGUCCCCGCAGAGUGGUGGUCCUCUUCACAGAGUCACACUCCCAGGAUGAGGUCGCCGGCCCCGCACGUCACGCAAGAGCCAGAGAACUGCUCCUGCUGGCCAUCGGCAGGGUGGCUGUGCGGGCAGAGCUGGAGGAGAUCACGGGGAGCCCGAAGCAUGUGAUGGUCUACACAGACCCCCAGGACCUGUUCACCCAAAUCCCAGAGCUGCAGAGAAAGCUGUGCAGCCAGCCACAACCCGGCUGCCAGACACAGGCACUGGACCUGGUCUUCCUGUUGGAUUCCUCAGCCUCCGUGGGGCCUGAGAACUUCGCCCAGAUGCAGGGCUUUGUGAGGAGCUGUGCCCUCCAGUUUGACGUGAACCCGGAUGUGACGCAGGUCAGCCUGGUAGUCUACGGAAGUCAGGUGCAGACAGCCUUUGGGCUGGACACCCAUCUCACCCGCGCUGCCGCUCUGCGGGCCAUGAGCCAGGCCCCCUACUUGGGUGGGGUGGGCUCAGCCGGCAUGGCCCUGCUGCAUAUCUAUGAUAAAGUGAUGACUGUCCAGAGAGGUGCCCGGCCUGGGGUCCCCAAGGCUGUGGUGAUGCUCACUGGUGGGCGGGGGGCAGAGGAUGCAGUUGUCCCUGUCCAGAAGCUGAGAAGCAAUGGCAUCUCUGUCUUGGUGGUGGGUGUGGGGCCUGUGCUGAGAGAAUCUCUCAGGAGACUCGCUGGUCCCCGGGACUCCUUGAUCCACGUGGCAACUUUUGCUGAUCUGCACUACCAUCGGGACACGCUCAUCAAGUGGUUAUGUGGAGAAGCCAAGCGUCCAGUGAACCUCUGCAAACCCAGCCCAUGCAUGAAUGAGGGCACCUGUGUCCUACGGAAUGGGAGCUACCGCUGCGCGUGUCGGGGUGGCUGGGAGGGCCCCCACUGCGAGAAUCGGGUACUGAGGGGAGAUGCCCCCAAUACACGUGCCUCCCGCCAUGAUCCUGCAAGACAGCAGCCAGCUCCCUUCUAGCAACUUCCUGGACAUCCCGGAAGCUGAAUGCUGCCCUCAGCAAAGUGGGUCUCUCGGGGCCAUUUGCAUGUCCAUUUCUUGCUCUGGGCAGAGCCUUGCUGCUCACAAGCCUUCAUUGAGAAGAAGGACAUCCCAGCUGCAGUCGCUGCUGCUUGAUGACAGCAAUAGCAGCUGAUGUCACUCACCAACAGUGCUGCUGCAAGUGUGAUGUGUCAGUGCUUACUGUCUGUGCUGGGUUGUACCUUGUCCAGGAAGUCACCUGCCACUUUCCCUCUGAGGAGAAAGGGACAUUUGAUGGCCUAAUUGCUCAUCACUUUGCUGGCCACAAAUGCUAGACAAAAUGUUGCAUCAAUAAUGCAUUUACUGAAGUGUGAGGAGGACCAGAGGGAAAAUGUAUAGUCCUCUUCAUUUCCGGAAUGAUCUCUCAUGUGCAUUUAACUCGUAGUGUAAAGAGGAAUUCAGCUGGCUAGCAUUUGUGAAUUCUUCUGGGGACUGGAUCUAUCUAUACUGGGGAGAGAACUGAAAAGGUCUCAGACUAGAAUUUGCAGGUUUUAUCUAUAAGGGAGGGACUGAGUGCCCAGGGCUUCCUUUUCAAAAAAGUGUACUUAGGAGGGGUUCGUGGUGAUGGGCAUAUUAAAAACUCCAUUUAUCCUACUUCUACAGGACAAAGAGUAGAAUUCUAGAACUCAACAAGUGAACAAUAAAAAAGCUCAUAGAGUUUUGCUGUUUAAAACAUAGGUAUUGUGUUAAGUUUUUGUUUUGAUUUGCUUUUCAUGCCCAGUGUUUAAAGGAAUAUUACAAGAGACAUGGUUGGCUAUUUAUUUACCAGAGAUAUUUUGUACCUAUGUGACAACAAGAGUUAUUUGGAUUUUCUUCUGGCAAACUAGGUACUUGGGAAUCAGUAUUCAGAAAUAAGUGCUUCUCCUUGGGCAAGUUGUUGGACUUACACUAGAAGUGUUUAUUGAGCUCUGACAGAAAUCUGGAUAUAUUAUUAUAGUGUUUUUGCUUUUUUUUUUUAGCAUAUUUUAAUGUGUUCUUUUAUAUACAAAAAUUCGAGGCAAGGCUACUUUGCUUUCAACAAACUUUAAAGAAAUUCAGGUUUUCUGCAAUUAGAAACAUGCUUCUAGAAGUAUCACUGUGGUAUGUUGAAGGCAUGGAUCUGUUCUUCCAAGCAUUGAGUUGUGACAAUCGUUUGUGUUAGAGGGAUAUUUUCAUUAAUAAUUAAAUUUCUUGUUAUCACAAUAUCCUUCACAGAUGACAGCAUCAGGGCAGAAUCACCUGCCCACCAGAGAUUCUGAGCAGUGCUAGCAUAGAAACUAUGUGAAUUCAUUAAGAUUUGUAGAAGGUUAAUUGUUUUACCAUUGGGGUCAUUAUCAUUAGGGAUAAAUGCAUGUCUCAUUUGAAUUACUUAGACUUCAGCAACAAACUGGUUUGAUGUGUUAAGAACUUUCCCUGUUUCUUUCUAGGAGCUGGGGUCUGGCCCUUGAAUAGCAGCAAGGAAUUGAUAUCUUAUUGUCUAACCAACCCAGCACAUUUCUCUGAUUUAAGAUAAACCUCUAGUUCUACUUUCUU